GCAGCCAGCAUUCUUUCCUCAACCAUAUAAUUUGCCAGUCACAAGCAGAGAUCAUUAACACAUGCCAUGGAGGGGAGCAUGAUCCAGAGGGCAACACCUGAGCUCUGAAUCUGGGGAAGACACGCUCGACCACCAAGCAUCAAGCCAACCCAGGACCUUCCUUGAUCAGUUAUGUGGCCACCCAAAAGGGCAAGUCUCACCUCACUGCUCUCAAGGUUUGGAGCCAUGGGCUUGACGUUCAUCCAGCUGGUGAGCUCAGACUCAACCUGUGAAGAAAAUGAAACGUGUGUGAGCUCAGAAGAGAAACCCCUCAAUGGCUGGUACAUCUGGUGGCUAAUGCUGCUCUCCCUGAUCUCCAUCAUCUGCUGCAUGAUCCUCCUCUGUCUCCACUGUUGGCUGAAGAAGUCCCAUUCCAGGUCCUCUGGGCGCACUGUGGCGGUGUUUGCUGUCAAUGACAUCGAGUCCAUUUCCGGCACAGAAGCAGUGACCAAUCCAACGGCAAGACUUGACCUUCAUGUUCCAGACCCGGAGCUUUAUUCUGGGUCCUGUAUGGUCCCUUUGGGCCCCCCACCUCCAUAUGAAGAUACCCAGAAGACAAGCAGGUUGUAAUCAGGAGCAUCUUUUGUAAGAACCAGAAGUCUAUCCUCCCCCCACCAGACAGUCCUCUUCCACUUUCUGACUUCUUAGGCCAGACUUCACCCGGGGCUAACAUGAGAGGCAUACAUCUCAGCCUCUAAUGCCAUUCUUCAUGUGAUGUGGCCCAAAAGAGAACAAAGGGAAAAGGGUGCCCCGUCACUGGCCAUGUGCUUAAAUGAAAGGAAGGCUGGUCCUGACUCUUAGUUCAUUCCCUCUCAGGGGAGCCAUCACUCACACACACUCACACACUCACACACUCACACACACUCACACACACACACACACACACACACACACACACACACACACACACACACUAGUAGAGACAAAAACAAUGGCACCUGAGAGGGCACCAGCAGCUGAGGAGAUCUUGUAGAGAAGAUGGCGUUGGAGCUGAGCUUUGAAGGAAACCAUAGAUUCCAAGAAGUAUCAAGAGAGACUGACUGCCUGUGCAAAGUCACAGACAUAGAUGAGGGAUGGAGCAUUAUCUGUGAGAAACAGUAGAGACAACUGGUUUAGCUGGACCCUGAAGAGUAAAUAGAGGGGUAGGGGGGGGGGGGGCUGGGUCACUCCUCCUUGAGACGUUCUUCUUGGCCAGCAGCAUCUCCCUGUAUAUUAGUGUCUAUUUAUAAAGCUGGACAAACUCGUCCAAUGGGGAUACAGGCAAAGGAUAAACAAACACCGAUGAAUAAAUAACGCAUUCUGUUCAUUUAAAAAUAAACAAUAUCCAUAAUAAAGUUGGUUUCAUAUAAGAAA